AAGUGGCAUGCGUGGGGGGCGGCAAGGAGUGGUACUUCUUCAGCCUGCGGGACCGAAAGUACGCGACGGGCCAGCGGACGAACAGGGCGACCCAGUCGGGAUACUGGAAGGCGACGGGGAAAGACCGGUCGGUCAGCCGACGGGGAGUCGUCGUGGGGAUGCGUAAGACGCUCGUCUUCUAUCAGGGAAGAGCCCCCAAGGGCAGGAAGACUGACUGGGUCAUGCACGAGUUCCGCAUGGAAGUAGCACCUCAUCAUCAUCAUCCCCCAAAGUUUCCUUUUGUUAAGGGAGACUGGGUCUUAUGUAGAGUACUCAACAAAUCAAGAGGACUCACCUCCAUGCCAGUGACUCAAACCUGGCACAACGUAGACUCGAGCUCGGACCCGCCUCCGCUCCCGCCCCUUGUCGACACCUUUACCGCCUUCGACCGGGCCGCGCCAAGCUUCGAGGGGCAUGAGCAAGUGCCCUGCUUCUCCAACUCUCCUCUCCUCUCCAGGAGGGCGAACAUGGGAGGCAUUUUGGACAUUUUAUCUCGCGAUACGAAUGCAAUGAAGGGUGCCAUGAACCAUUUGACUAGGUUUCAGGGCGCUUCAAAUUCAAAUUCAAAUUCGAAUUCGAAUUCUAAUCCAAAUUCAAAUUUGGCUCAAGGACACUUAGAGAGCUACUUGGUUGAGCAUGGACUAACCAAUAUGUUCAACACCUUUUCGGCAUCGAUGUAGCGAGAUUGCAAAAUGGUUUAUUAUUAAAGGUUUGCUAUGUAUAAUUUGUAGCUACCCAUCAAAUUAAAUUUGUAAAUGCAUGUCUAUGGAAACAUACAUGAAUUGCGUUUGA